GAAUUUCACCACGACGACCACGACUAUAGGCGGUCAAGGAAUGCGCGGGUUUAGCACCAGUCUUGAUUUAUUUUAAUGAUUUUGAAACUAACUAAGAGAAGAGUUGUUCUUGGUUAUUGAAGGAAUUUAUUAUAUCAUUUUGAAAUAAUACAAGUGUUCAUGUAAAAAGAGAAGAUGAAAACCAGAGAAGGCUCCAAGAAAAAGGAUAAGGAACAGCCUGGCUCAUCUUCUGUGCCAGUCAUUCCGAGUCACUUGUUCACUCCCCGAAAAGCGUUUUCCCAAGAAGUAGCUUCGUCGCCCUUGAUAAGUGACCAAGACAUGGACGUGCUUAGAGACGAGUGUGGAGACAUGCUCCAUACAGCAGAAGAUAUAAUUGACGCGGGCUGUUUGUCCCCGCCUAAGACUCCAGGCAUCCUGAGGAGUCUUUUAGAAACGCCAAACACCAAGAAAAACAGAGAAUUAAGUCAAAUGCUUCUCAAGGAUCUGGAGUUGUCCGAAUCAGAAAUUGACACACCAUGUAAGAGUACUACUCCAAUAGCCAAAAUGUUAGGCGUUCCCUCAAGCAGCAAGGUUGAGGAAGCUUCGACGUCUGGUCUUGAAAAACAGAGACCUACAAGUUCUCAAAUUAGAAGAGAGAGUAAAAUACCAUCAUCAUCAUCAUCUGAGGAAACUUCAGAGUCCAGUGGAGAUGAUCUAGACAUCUACAGCUCAAAAUUUGAUGCCAAGAAAGCGCUGUCGCUAGGGAAAGCCUUCUUGAAGAGGUUACCUUAUCCGAACACCAAAAAACUCAAUAACCUGGCUCAGUACAAACACGUUGCGUCUGCAUCUCCUGAUCCUGAAGACUUUGAAGAAAACAUGAAAAAUGCACUGAAGAAAAAACCCCUUUCAAAAAAGAGCAAAGACUAUGUUCCGCCGCCCAAAGCUGAUGUGCCUAUAACUAGGAAAUUUUUGCCAAGUCAAAUGCCCAUUUCAAGACCCUCCAAAGAGAGCAAGAAAAAGAAAAAUCUGCUAGACAGAAUGGAAUUGGCGAAAGGCCCUCUCGCCAAGCUGGUUGAAUACAGAGACAAGAAAAUUAGAGUCAUGAUUAAAACGAGAAACAUUUACAUUGGCACAAAUGACAUGGUUGCUUACAUUGUUGCCUUUGACAAGCACUGGAAUCUGGCACUCACUGACGUCGAGGAGACGUUUAUUCGUAAAAAGAAACGAAAGGUGCCUGCUGAGUUAGGAGAGGACACCGUCAAGUUAUCUGACAAAGAAUUGGCUGAGAGAGGACUAGUGAGACCACGACUGAUCCAAAAUAUCGGCAAAAACUCUGAACUUUGCAAACGUUACAUUCCACAGUUGAUGAUCAGAGGAGAGCAAAUUGUUAUUGUGUUUCCAGUAGUUUGAGUAAUCUUCCCAAUAGUCAUUUGUACAAAAGUGCUGAAAGCAAUUUAUUUUUCAGGCAUAACUUACAUUAAAAAUUAAUUGUACAUGUCCAAAAUAUCUGUGGCAGGCUCCUCAGCAGGCUGCUCUGGCUCUGGCUCAGGGAAAUUGCAUUCGUAAAUAAAAAUCGAGCGGUCUUCUGA